GCAAAUGUUUAAUGGAAGAAGAGAGGGAGAAGCGAAUGUAAGGGAGGAGGUAGAAGAGGCGAAAGAAAUAGAAAGGGAGAGAGAAAUUGGAGAAGCUUCCAUUGUCAAAAUCGCCGCUCGUAAAGCUGAAGUUUUAAUUAAAAGCAUAGUUUCCGACAAUUCAUAUUUUCCACGUAAAAUGGUUUGCGAUGCACUUGAUUUGGACAAUGAGGAAGCCGAAGAAGAGAUGUACAGUAAUUGCCGUGUUGAUAUUCUUAAACGACUGAUCUUAUCUUUGAUGACUAUGCAAAAAACAGAACUGACUAGAUCUUUUGUCAAUCCGCACCGAAAUUUUGAAAUACCAACUACUAAUCAAGUAUUUGAAAUGGAAACGGGUAAAAAUGAUAUGGUGUUAUUACCAGGUAACAUUAAUGACUAUAGAAUCACACCUCAGGAUGUUCGAUCACAGUUUUCAGUUGAUCAACCAUUAAAGUCAAAAAUUUCAUUGAUUGAUAACAAAAUUGACAUGUUUAUUUUUUAUCCAGCUAUUCCAGUUCACAUUCCUAUUUCAAGCCCGAUUAGAAUAAUUCUUCACCCAAUGUUCCAUCAAAUGACUUACUCAAAAGCAGUCCAAUAUCUUAAAGAUAAAAGUAACGGAUCUUAUGUCGUUAAACCAACAACAAAAGGUUUUGGAUAUAUCGCAAUAACUUGUAAAUUAUUUGUAAAUAUAUAUCUUCAUGUUUAUAUUGUUGAAAAAGACAAAGCGGGAGUUUCAGUUGGUCUCAGAUUGGAAGUUGAAGGUUGUAAAUACAUAUAUUCAGACUUGGGCGAACUUAUUGUGCAAUACGUUGAACCAAAAGCGAGAAGAGCAGAAGAUCUAAUGGCUCAUGCAAAAUUCAAAUCAUCGGUAGAAAAUCUAAACAGUUUGGAAAUGAAUCCAAAUCAUUCCUCAUAUGGAUUUUGCUUUGAUUAUGAAAUGCCAG